CUGAGUUUUGAACCGCGGGCCGGAGGUUGGAGGGUGCUGCUUUGCCUGGUUGCCUGCAUUGGUAGUCGGGAUGACCGUCCCCUCCCUCGAGGAGCUGGACUCCCUCAAGUACAGUGACCUGCAGAACUUGGCCAAGAGCCUGGGCCUCCGGGCUAACCUGAGGGCAGACAAACUGCUAAAAACCUUGAAAGCCCACCUGAAAGGGGAAGCAAGAAAAGAAAAUGGAAAGCAGGAUGAAAGUCAAACUUCUGCAUCCUCUUGUGAUGAGACCGAGAUGCAGAUCAGCAGUCAGAAACAAGCUGAGUGGGAACCAGCUGGCCAUGUCACCAAGAAAAGGAGAAGGCGCAGGACUGUCCGCAGCAGUCCUGACUCCCAGCAGGAUCAUCCAGAGAUAAAAACAAGUGACCCCACUGAGUUCCAGAAUCAAGAAAAACAGGAAAACCAGGCUCUCAGACCUGUUGCAGAAGUCCCAUCGCCACCAGAUGGGAGACAAGGAAAGGAGAACGCAGAGUCCUCGGGAAGUAGUGAAGUAAACGGUAAUGAAGAUUCAAAGGUGCCUUCAGAAAGAAAGAAGUCUGGCUACACAGAUGGGUUUUCCAAAUCUGGAAAAAAUAAAAGAAUUGCAAUCACAACUCCAAACUUUAAGGAGCUUCAUGAGGCCCAUUUUAAGGAAAUGGAGUCCAUUGAUCAAUAUAUUAAGAGAAAAAAGAAAAAUUUUGAACAAUACAGUUCACUUAACGAACUGAAGAAGCGGUCCAUAACUAAGGAAGUGGUGGCAACUCCAGUGGGUCGCCAAGGAAGAUUCUCUAUGGCUUGUACUCCCUCAAGCCAGCAGCGCUCACAAGGCCGGGCCCCGGGUGCUGCAGAUCUGAGCACCUUGUAUAUGAAGGGGUCGGUCAAGCGUUCCACUCUCUCAGCAACUAAAAUGAAUGUCAGGUUUUCAGCUGCUACUAAAGAUAAUGAAUAUAAGCGUUCACUGACUAAGACUCCGGCCAGAAAGUCUCCACAUGUGUCCAUAUCUGGGAAUACUCCAAAAGGCCAGGCUGUGCUUGGGGCAAACAAGUUAAAGACCACAAAGGGGGAUUCUGCUACAGUUAUUACCCCAUUCAAGUUUUCAGCUGAAGCAGCACAGACUCCAGUCUCCAACAAGAAACCAGUGUUUGAUCUCAAAGCAAGUUUGUCUCGUCCGCUCAACUAUGAGCCACACAAAGGAAAACUGAAACCAUGGGGACAAUCUAAAGAAAAUAAAUCUCUGAAUGAGCAUGUAAGCAGAGUUAGCUUCCACAAGAAAACUUACAAACAACCCCCUCUUCAGACCAGGGAGGAGCAACGGAAGAAACACGAGCAAGAACGAAAGGAGAAGAAGGCAAAGGCUUUGGGAACUCGAAGGGGCCUUACUAUGGCUGCAGAUUAAUAGUUUAACGUUCUGUAAAUAUUACUUUAUUCCGAACCUUUUUUUGUAAAUAUUUUCAUACUGUCCUUUCUACUUUGUCCAAAGGUCUUUUUCUGCUCUUAACUUUGUUCCUAAGUCCCUUUACAACUCAGUAUUUCAAUGAGAUCUAUCCUAUGCUUUUUUCCCCAUCCUAUAGAUUCUUUUUUCUUUUCCAUCCUAUUUUUGACCUAGAUUUUUAAUGUCAAUUUCCCCCUCAUGGCUCUAAUAUUAACAGAUUUGCAAUCCUCUUCUAGGCAAGAGCAUUUACCUAGAGGUAGCUUAUUAUAGCACAAGCUUUAGUAGAAA